CUGUAGACCAAAGAAAUGUUAGAAUGAACUCAACAGUUUGAUUCAUCUGUGGACACAAAGUGCUGAUUGGCUGAAUAAUACACAGUGAACCUGCUGUAACCCAGAAAACACACAGACUGAAAGAAAAGAGAGCAGACUGACUUCAGAUCAGAAGAUGAGUGUUUGUGUGAAGGAAGAGGAGGACAGAGCAGAGUCUGUAGUGUCCAGCUGUCUGUCUAUGAAGAGUGACCGGUCCAAAGAUCUUCCUGUAGUCUUCAGUAAUGGACCUGGACCCUCAGACUCACAAGUUCAGUCCAACAGACACAGAGCAGAGUCUGUAGUGUCCAGCUGUCUGUCUAUGAAGAGUGACCGGUCCAAAGAUCUUCCUCUAUUCUUCAGUAAUGGACCUGGACCCUCAGACUCACAAGAGAGGAAGAGGAGUCUUGUUCCUGUGGACGAGCAGCCGUCCUGCUGUGUUUUGUGUCAGGACGUCCUGAAGGAUCCAGUCUCUACCAGCUGUGGACACUGGUUCUGCAGACAGUGCAUCACCUCAUACUGGGACCAGUCUGGUUCACCAGGAGACGCCUCCUGUCCCCAGUGUGGAAAAAGACCCAGAAGAAGACCUGGACUGCAGACAGCCAUGAAUGGUGGUCUGCAGGAUAUUUUAGAUGAACAUAAGAUCAGUCUGAAGAAGAGAUGUGAAUGUGUGACUGAAGGAACUGAUGAAACAGGAAGUGGAACCCUCCUCAACAGGAUCUACACUGAGCUCUACAUCACAGAGGGACAGAGUGAAGAGGUUAAUACCCAACAUGAGGUUUGGCAGCUUGAGACAGCUUCCAAGAUGGAGACCCUCCAUGACACUCCAAUCAGGUGCCACGACAUCUUUAAAGCCUUACCUGACGAACAGAGACACAUCAGAGUGGUUCUGACGAACGGCGUCGCUGGUGUUGGAAAAACCUUCUCAGUGCUGAAGUUCACUCUGGACUGGGCAGAGGGCUCGGAGAACCAAGAUGUCAGUCUGGUGGUUCUGCUUUCGUUCAGGGAGCUGAACCUGAUCAAAGAUGAGCAGUACAGUCUUCUCAGGCUGCUCCAUGUUUUCCAUCCAACAUUACAGAAGGUCACAGCAGAGCAGCUCGCUGUCUGUAAACUUUUGUUCAUCUUUGACGGCCUGGAUGAAAGCAGACUUUCACUGGAUUUCAAGAACAAGAAGGUUGUGUCUGAUGUCACACAGAAGUCUUCAGUCAGUGUGCUGUUGACAAACCUCAUCAGGGGGAAUCUGCUUCCCUCGGCUCUCGUCUGGAUAACUUCCAGACCAGCAGCAGCCAAUCAGAUCCCUCCUGAAUGUGUUGACAGGGUAACAGAAGUACGAGGCUUCACUGACGCCCAGAAAGAGGAGUACUUUAGGAGGAGAGUCAGUGAUGAAGAUCUGUCCAACAGGAUCAUCUCACACAUCAAGAACUCCAGGAGCCUCCACAUCAUGUGUCUAAUCCCAGUCUUCUGCUGGAUCACUUCUACAGUUCUGGACCACAUGUUGACUACAAACCAGAGAGGAGAGCUGCCCAAGACCCUGACUGAUCUGUACUCACACUUCCUGCUGGUUCAGACAAAGAGGAAGAAGCAGAAGUAUGAUGAGGGACAUGAGACGAGUCCACAGGAGCUGACAGAGGCUGACAGGAAGGUUCUUCUGAAGCUGGGGAGGCUGGCGUUUGAACAUCUGAAGAAAGGAAACAUCAUGUUCUACCAAGAAGACCUGGAGCAGUGUGGUCUUGAUGUCUCAGAGGCCUCGGUGUACUCAGGAGUUUGUACAGAGAUCUUCAAAAGAGAGAGUGUGAUCUUCCAGAAAACAGUGUACUGCUUCGUUCAUCUGAGCAUUCAGGAGUUUCUGGCUGCAGUCUACAUGUUCCACUGUUACACCAACAGGAACACAGAGGUACUGAAGGGUUUCUUGGGUCAAAAACAUGUUGAUUCAACUCUGGAUGUUUUCCUGAUGGAAGCAAUGAUGAAAUCCCUGAGGAGUAAAAAUGGCCACCUGGACCUGUUCGUUCGCUUCCUUCAUGGCCUCUCUCUGGAGUCCAACCAGAGACUCUUAGGAGGUCUGCUGGGUCACACAGACAACAGUCCAGAAACCCUCCAGAGAAUCAUCAACAACCUGAAGAAGAAGAAGACCCAGUCCUCUCCUGACAGAAGCAUCAACAUCUUCCACUGUCUGAUGGAGAUGAAUGACCACUCAUUCCAUCAAGAGAUCCAAGAGUUCCUGAAGUCAGAGAACAGAUCAGAGAAGAAACUCUCUGCGAUCCACUGCUCAGCUCUGGCCAUCAUGCUGCAGAUGUCAGAGGAGGUUCUGGAUGAGUUGGACCUGAAGAAGUACAACACAUCACAGGAGGGACGAUGGAGACUGAUUCCAGCUGUGAAGAACUGCAGAAAGGCUGUACUUUCUGACUGUAAACUCUCAUCAACUCACUGUGAAGUUCUGGCCUCAGCUCUGAAGUCCAACCCCCAUCUGAGAGAGCUGGACCUGAGUAACAACGAGCUGAAGGAUUCAGGAGUGAAGCUGCUGUCUGCUGGACUGAAGAGUCCAAACUGUAGACUGGAGACUCUGAGAUUGAGUUACUGCAGUUUGUCAGAGAUCAGCUGUUCUUCUCUGGGCUCAGCUCUGAAGUCCAACCCCUCCCAUCUGAGAGAGCUGGACCUGAGUAACAACAACCUGCAGGAUUCAGGAGUGAAGCUGCUGUGUGGUUUUCUGGAGAGUCCACACUGUAGACUGGAGACUCUGAGAUUGAGGUGGUGCAGUUUGUCAGAGAUCAGCUGUUCUUCUCUGGUCUCAGCUCUGAAGUCCAACCCCUCCCAUCUGAGAGAGCUGGACCUGAGUGACAACAACAAGCUGCAGGAUCCAGAUGUGAAGCUGCUGUCUGAUCUUGUGGAGAGUCCACACUGUAGACUGCAGACUCUGAGCUGGAAGUGAUCUCAGUCAGACAGUGAGUGGUGAGGAAGGAGGUUGUGUUGGAGGAUCCGCUGUGUCCUGAUGAUCCAGAGAGGUUGAAGCAGCAGCAUCAGCUCUGACUGGGCCAUGUUACUGGGAGGUAGAGUGGAGAGGAGAGCUUCAUCCAGCAGUGACUGACAGAGGAAUCACAACCAGUGGAGACGACUCUCAGUUUUUCCUUGCCCUUGUCUCCAAGGUCUUGCUCAUGGUGGUACUGUUGGGUCUCUGUAAAUAAUGUUAUAAAGAGUUCGGUCUAGACCUGCUCUAUUUGAAAAGUGUCCUGAGAUAACUUCUGUUAUAAAUUGGAGCUGUACAAAUAAAACUGAAUAUAAUUGAAUGUAAAGCAGAGUUCACCUGUAUUUAUAGCUCAUUGGUUUUACACUGUAAAUAUCUUUAAUUAAACAUUAAAAAGACAAAAAAAUAAUGGUGACGUCUUUCUUAUCUCGUAGUUUUGACAUUUUUAGGGCUAACGAUUACUUUCAUUGUCGAUCAUUUUCUCGAUUAAUCAAUAAGUAGUUUGAAAAAAUGAAAAAAGCUUUUUAUAUAAAAAUUGAAUAUUGAAAUAGUUGGCGAUUCAUUUGAUAGUGAACUAAUUGAUUAACUGACAGCUAUAUAUAUUUACACUGUAAGAAAAAUGAUAUUUUAACAGUAAACUGGCAGCUGUGGUUGAACUUUACUGUAAUAAAACAUAUAACCUAUUACAGUAAAAUAAUAUUAAUACUGUUUUAUUCCAUAUUUUACUGUAUAAAUGCAACUUUACCAUCAAAAGAAACAGUUUUGUAUGAAAGCACCGUAUGAACGCUGUAUAAAUACAGGUUUUGAUAUGAGAUAUGAUGUGUUUACUGUUACAGAAACUGUAUUUAACCUACACUCGGAAAAAUGAAUCAUGGCAUCGUUUAUUUUUAAGUAUUUGCAUCUAUUUGAUUUUAUUUAAAUAAUACAAUGUUAAGAAUUUAUUUAUUCAAAUUCCUUAAAAUCAACAUAAAUCUGUUAAUUGCGAAACCAAUGAAGCUGAAUCAGUUAAAACGUAUGAAUAUAGUUUAAAUAUGACGAGCUGUGGCUCAACAAAGAUUCAUUUAGUUAAAAUGUAUAAGAUUGGUUUCCAUUAGGUUCGCGUAAAGAUUUCAGUACAUCCAUGCUCCACACUCCAGUAGGUGGCGGUAAUGCAACUGGUUUGUCAACGGCCUUUGAAAUUCCAGUUCAGAGUCACUCACUGGAGAAGAAGAAGGACUUUUUCCCGCCGUCUGCACCAAUACAUCCACGGUCUGCUCUGCUCACACCUUCGCUCAAGCUAGUUGCAACUACUUUAUGCGUCUUGCACUGACUGUCAGUUACAUGUGCAUUUGUCUUAGUAUAACCUGCCAGUUAUCAGUGUUUGUACGUUAUUAGUGCAAUUCACAUCAUAUCACACUAAUAUAAAUAUAUCGACUAUCAAAUAUAGCCUACAUCAUUGUAGACAUUCCCGUGUAGUCUAGUAGCUUGCUAACUUCCACCUAGCCAGUGAGCUAUUUUUGUUUAGCCAACACGGCUAAGUUUAGAAAUUAAAAUGACUCAUUAGUUCAUUUAAAAUGAGCGACUGACUCUUGUGCUUAAUGAGAUAUUCUCACAAGCAUUGGGCAGUUAAUUCUAUUAUCAUAUAUUAGCCCUGCACCGCAGACUUCAGGUGACUCUCAGCCAAAGAUGGCUCAAGGCAGCCACAGCGGACUUGACCGCCUGCUUCAUGUUCAGACAGUGUUGCUCCACUCACUAGCGCAACACGUCCGGUUGAAUGUUAACGGAGCCGGUGGUCAGUCGGUGGGAAGGUUGCAUGGUGGAGUAUGUUGUUUUUAUUAAUUUUGCACUAAUGGAUUAGAGCAGCCACACUGUUGUGUCAUAACAAAGUCUUACUUUCAAGAUAUUAAAAACUACAUGUGCAAAUGAUUCAGUGUUAAUAAACGUUUGUUAUUGAUUGUGAAAUUCAUUGUGUGGUCACUGGCUCACAAUUUUAGAGCGGGUUAACAUAAUCCAUUUUGAAUAAUGUAAAACAAAUAUGGGCCACUGUGACUAUAAAAACUAUUAAAAUACUACUAUAAAAACUUUACAUGAUCAAAAACAGAAGCUGAUGUAGUCAGUAAAUGCAUACAAUGUUGGUCUAAUGGAGGACUACUGUUACUAAAAACGUAAAAACUGAUACUUUGUGAUUUCAUGAGCAAGGAAGGAGUUGUAGAAUUGAUUAAAUGCAUUUUGUUUCUAAUUAGAACUUCUUGUCUUUUACAGGUACAUAAUUCUAAGAACCAUCCUUUUACAUCAAGUGUAUGCCGGGGCAACCUCUUUGUUUUUGACAGCGAGUGCGCAGAGGCCGAGUUGGGGAUUGCACAGACAACAAUUGGCAUCUACGUCAUUCGGGUGGAUGGUGCUGAUCCUGGAGACGAGAUAUAUGCAGAUGUUGGUGUCGUACUUGAAGGUGUGGAAGUUCUGCAAAACCUACCAAGUGUCACCCUUGGAUGCGUGAUGCUUUUCGGACUGAUUUAUACACUUAAGUUAAGCUACCCUAAGGACCUCAAGAGCACAUUUGAAGUGUUCCAGAAAAUCCUGAUGGAACUGGACACGACCAAGCUUUCACCAAAAGUCCAAGCACUGAAAAUGAAGAUGUUCCAGUGAUGGGCCUGAUACCUGAUAUGCAGAUGUUUCCCUCUGGAAAAUGAAUAGCAAAGCGACUGCAAUUUUCAGUGCUUGUUUGAGUGUUUGCAAAUUUUGCAAUGUGUUUACAGUUCUUGGUUGUUAUCGCUGCAGAAUAUCUCCAUGCACUGGUAAUUAAACACGUCAGUGGGGUGGUGCAAAGCCACUCAACCACUUAGCUUUAAGGCAGUGUCUUGGAUUGAUCAGGUAACGACUCAAAUUUCAAAAAAGGAAUGUCUGGGAAUCCUUGAAAUGUUGGUGUACUGUAAGCAUACAGUGAUCCUGCUUGAUUUACCUGUCCUGAAGUUUCAUACAGUUAAGCAGAGUUCUUGAUGCAGUUUGUUAUUGAUGCAGAAAGGUCUGUUUCCAAAUGUUUAACAUUUAAAAUGAUAAAAGCAAAUGUGCUUAUGCUGAUUCAGAGACCAAAAGUCCAAAAACUAAAAGUUAAUAUGUGACUGUGUAAUUCACCUGAUGCACUGAUGUUGCCCUCUGGAGAAUGCAGUGCAGCAAAGUGGUUGACUUGCUGCAAAUUUCAGUACAUGUGAGUUAGCCUUUCCCCACAUUUUUGUACUUGUAUAUUCCUGCACUUUUAUUUAUCAAAAUUUAAUAUGCAUACUUCUGGAUGUGCAAAGCCACCCAGACACUGAGCCUUAAAUCAAUUAUUUGGAUUGUCAUGUAAACAUAUGUUAGGGAUUCCUUGAAGUGAUGGUGUACUGUAAGUAUUACUGUUAUUCAGGUUGAUUUACCGGUCUACUCAAGUAUUGCACACUUGUACAGUUGUUGAGGGAGUUUCUUGGUGUACUGUACUGUGAAAUUGUUUUGCAUCCCAGGAAGCUAGAAGCAGGUUCAGCCUUCCCUUGAUUUAGUUUAAAUGUUUGCAUUUGUUGGGCUAUUGUGUGGCAAAAUAAGUAAAAUGUCUCUGCCUAAAUGUGCACAAAUGAGUACAUUUUAUUUUUAUGUUUUUGGUUUAUUUUUGUUUGUAUUUUUUGCAUGCUGAAAUGAGGGCAUUUCCUUUUGGUAAUUGUUUUUCUUCUUUUCAACACAUGUGAAUGAGCACUGGUUCUGUGUCCAAGUAUGUCUUGCCAGCUCCUCUUUUAUCACGCUGAAUGGAGGUGGUGUAGUGUGAUGUGUUCCUGCCUUGGAGUUUUUUCAGUGCCAGAACUUGCCACAUGCCUUGAGAAGCUUAAUAAAUAAAAUGUUAAACAAG